UCCAGAGGGUCAAAGUUGGGGGCUGCCCCCAUCGAUCUGAACUUUUUCUGGCUGGUCCCAGAGCGUGCGUACUGACUGCCUUGCUUUGGAUCCUGCUUCGUUUGAGAAAUCAUCCAUCUAUUGAUCACCACGACAACGGAAGAAGCACACUCGAGACCGCCUUUGCAGAGCUAUCUACAUUCCUUCUGAGUUUGGCUGAUGCUCCCUAGCUGCGCCGCUCCACGUUCAAAGCAAGGAACUGGGCCAACAAAAGGAUCUUGGUGGACCUUCCAAAAAGCCAGGUUUUGAUCAAAGGUUUAGUCAAUUGAGGAGAGGUCUGUGUCCAGUUAUUGGGGUAGUGAAAAGUUGAUCGGCAGGCGCAAAAGCAACGUGCAUCUGGGCGCAGGACCAUCUGAUCUUUCCUCGAACUUGCUGACCAUCGUUUAUAUGACAUUACAUUGACGUACACAUCAACCAGCUUUGGGCUGCUUGGAUCUCGUCGGUGCAUUGCUUCUUCUAGACCAAUUGUAGCAUUGUCCGAUCAAGCAAGAUGGCUAUGAUGUUCAGGACAGCGCGGUCGGCCUUCCGACAGGCGCGGCCACUGGUGAGCGCUGUCACAAGCACGCCGAGCAGAGGUUAUGCACAGGCAGCCCCCGCACAAGAAGGAGAUGAUCCGGUCAAGCAAAUCUUCCUCGACGAGACAAAGAAAGUCAAAACAGUAUUGGAGGAGCUCAAGAAGGUGAAAAUCCCCCUCAACCCUGACGACAGGCCAGCCAUGGAGGCGUUCACACUGCAACUCAGAGAGAUCAAGCACAAAGCGGGGAUUCCCACUUUCAUCGAGAAGGUUGACGACCUGCUAUCAUCAGCCUUUGAAGACGCCGACACUUUACGAGAGUACUUGCUCGAGACCAAGAAAAUCAGAACAAUAGUCGGCAUCGAUCAGGACGAGGACAUCGACGCCAUCUUGCUAGGCACGCUGGACCAGGUCGAAAAGCAGCUGGGCCGGACGCUCAAGACAAGCGACGAGCAGGGCCUCAGUGUCUACGACUCAGAGCUGGAUAAGAAGUUUGCAGAGCACGACCUCGAGAUGAUUGACGAGGAGCACUUGGAGGAUACGGUGGACUACGAGGAGACGGUCGACACGGUCGAGGCGAUGCGGGAAGCAGCCUACGAGGCAGUCAAGCAAGCAAAGAGCCGGGAGGGUCUUGAGGACGUUCAGGUGACAGACGAGGAACUCGGGAAGGCUCCACCUGGUGUAUGAGUUCAGUGCUCCCGUUCUUAUUUAGUCACUUGAUUUAGACGCCUAAGCUUGUUGUGCUCACCGACAUGAUGCCUAGUUGCUUGAGCAACAAGUAAAGGGAGUAUCUUUCAGUUCGACACGGCGUCAAGUUAUCGAACCAUAAGCUGUGUACGAGCCCGCAUACCCUCUAGCUUCUGACAAUUUAGGCGCCUUCAAUCGCAUGAACGUUGGUUCGAUGCUUGUGCGGGCUGUGUCACAAGCCACAUGAAAUCCAAGUGAUUCCAAGAAUCAUCUCAGUACUCUUAGCUCCAGACUGGCGGCCGCAUCCAAUGAUCACCGCCUUCAUUGCUAAGUGGAGAAUAAGACUCAAGCAAGAUCGAGUCGAACGAAGGUACGGUCAGUACACACAUGCAAGCUUAAUCAUUCACGUGUGCAGUGCCGUGGUCGCCAUUACCGUAGUCCAACGUGACGAUUCCGAAUAAAUAAAUAAUUAUCUGCGUUCGGAAAGUCAGAAAUUUGGAUCUCCCACUCGGAAAGUAAAAAUUCGGAAAGGUAAAAGAACCCUGAAAUGGUCCUCGGAAGCCGUAAAACUGCCAAAAGCAGCCAAAAACUCCCCUUUUGAGUGAGAGCAUAGGGCAUUCGGAUUUUGGUCGGAAUCAGCAUAAAUAAUUCCACUUUCCUGGUCGGAUUGUAAAAAA